AGGAUGCAGGAGAUUGAGCGGCAGUUGGCAAGCAUGAGGACGUGCGAGACUGAGCAGGGUUCGGGGGAGGUGAAAAGGGGUUCGCCAGGCAUGGGAUUGUGAUGUGAUGAUGGAGGAGGCGGAGCAUUCCACAUACAUCGUAGCAUGACUGCUGCAGUAAUCCACUCGGUUGUUACACCGUCGCUGCGAUGCUGCAAGUGGGCUUCUGUACGAAGCCGGUUGAGACCUGGUCAAGACUCGCUGCCACCGUCAUUCAGGGGCAGUGUUAUCGAUCAACGUGGCGCACAUGUGACGCUGUCUCCACUCGAGAUCACCUACCUCGAACGACGCUGGUGCCACAAUUUCCGGCUCUGCUGGUAUUCGUGCAGCAGGGGCUACAUGGCGAGCACUCCCUGCCAGCCUGCUGUAACGCCCAAAGACUCACUCGUACCGUUUUGGCAGGCUUGUUCGUACUGGGUGGUCACUCAUUCUUUGUCCAUAGGCAGGCCGAUAUUGCUAGAGAGACAGACAUUGGCCAGCCUAUUAAUGCUGGCUGCGUUACUCAUCCUUCAGUCCCGCCAGCCUGUCUUGCUGUCAGCCAGUGCCUGCGCUAAUCGGCCAGCCCUAUCU